CCACUCCAAAACUAUAUUAUUUUAUAUGCAGUUAUAAAUAAUUAUGGAGUGUUUCAUACAGGAUUUUUAAUAUUUUUCAGUAUGGAUUUAACCUGGUGUUUGAACAUCGUGAAGCUAUUGGCUGUAUUGCACUCAGUCUGAAUCACAGAAGUUUACGGACCAAAGCACUUGUUUUAGAACUCCUAGCAGCCAUCUGUUUAGUGAAAGGUGGCCAUGAAAUUAUACUUAAUGCAUUUGACAACUUCAAAGAUGUUUGUUGCGAGUCUCAGCGCUUCCAGACCCUCAUGGCAUAUUUCUCCAAUUAUGAAUGCUUCCACAUAGAAUUCAUGGUAGCAUGUAUGCAGUUCAUCAACAUAGUAGUUCACAGCGUGGAGGACAUGAAUUUCCGUGUUCAUCUCCAAUAUGAGUUCACUCAACUUGGUAUAGAUGACUUUUUAGAGAAGCUGAGACAUCAUGAAAGUGAAGAAUUGCAGAUUCAGAUUUCUGCCUAUCUUGACAACGUGUUUGAUGUUGCAGCACUCAUGGAGGACAGCGAAACUAAAACGGCAGCAUUAGAAAGGGUGGCUGAAUUGGAAGAUGAGUUAGCGCAUAUGGCAGAAAGAAUGUCAGAAAUGGAAGCAGAAUCUUUAGCUAAGUUAGUAGAGUUAGAAGGCGAGUUGGUUGAAAUGCGAAGACAAAAGGAAGAAUUGGAAAAUAUUCAUUGUCAGGUUCAAGAAGAAGUGUCGACACUUCGACGAGAAGUCAAUCAAAAAAGUGAAGAGUCACGGCAAAGGCAAUCCAUGUUAGAAAAACAAAUCUUAGAGCUGGAAAAUUUGGCCAGAUCAAAUCCAGACAAAUCAGGUGGUGCAGAAAGAUCAGGCACAGGAUUUAUGGCUCCUGCUCCUCCACCACCACCACCACCACCUCCAGGUGUUGCUACUUCCUUUGCUCCUCCGCCACCACCACCACCUAUUGGAUGUGGCACACCACCUGCACCCCCAAAAUUACCAAUGGGAAUGAACAAUGCAUUACGACCACCACCUCCAGCGCCAGGAAUGAAUGUAGCUGCUCCACCCGACUCCAUGACUAUAAAAAAGAAAGUCAAUACAAAAUAUAAGUUACCGACACUGAACUGGGUUGCUCUAAAACCCAACCAGGUACGAGGUACAGUGUUCAACGAAUUAGAUGAUGAAAAGCUGUUCAAUGUCAUUGACUUCCUAGAAUUUGAAGAACAUUUCAAAAUCGGUUUAGGAGGAGGAUCAGGAAAAGCCAAUGGAGAUGUUUCAGAGGUUGAUGCUCUACAUGCUUUUGGUAGUAAAAGAAUUAAGAAGCUUGAACUAACUUCUCUGAUGGAACAUACCCGCUUAAGAAAUAUUGCAAUCUCCCGAAGAAAAUUGGAUCUUCCCUUUGAUAUUGUGAGCAGGGCUGUGAACUCCUUGGAUCUAAAGACACUUAAUGUUGAUAGUGUGGAGUUGCUUCAACGCAUGGUGCCUACUGAUGCAGAGAUUAAAGCUUACCGAGAAUAUGAGAGGGAACGAAAGCCUAUAAAUCAACUAACAGAAGAAGAUCAGUACAUGUUACAACUCAGUAAAAUUGACAGACUUUCUACAAAACUUCAAAUAAUGAGCUUCAUUGCAAAUUUCUUUGAUAGUGUGCACAUUGUCACACCGCAAGUGCAUGCCAUCAUCACAGCAUCCCGAUCUGUCAAGAACAGCAAUAAGUUGAGAAGAAUGCUUGAAGUUAUUCUUGCGUUUGGUAACUACAUGAAUAGCAGCAAACGAGGACCUGCAUAUGGAUUUAAACUUUCAAGUCUUGAUACUUUAUGUGACACCAAGUCAGCAGACAAGAAGAUGAGCUUGUUGCACUAUAUCCAAGACACCAUACGCCUUAAGUUUGCUGAUCUCAAUAACUUUGAAUCUGAGCUGAGAUUUAUUGAGAAGGCUGCACAAGUAUCCUUGGAGAAUAUUAUCACUGAUGUGAAUGAAUUAGAAAAAGGGAUGGAGCAAGCUAAGAAAGAACAUGAUCGUUAUCGGGAUAUGCGAAGUGCAGAAGGACAUGCUGCUCUGGCAGUGCUGAAGGAGUUUUUGUGUAACUCAGAAGAUAAACUUAGAAAGUUAAGAGCAGAAACCAAGACAGCCCAGACUUCAUUUGCUGAAGUGUUAGAAUAUUAUGGGGAGAGCUCCAGAAGUAUGGCUCCUAAUACAUUUUUUGCUAUCUUUGUACGGUUCACCAAAGCUUAUAAGGUUGUUGAACAAGAAAAUGAACAAAGAAGAAGAUUGGAGGCUGCCAGUCGGGCUGCAGCUCUUAACCAACAGAAGCAACAGCAGCAGCAAGAAGAACGUCAGCAGGUGGCACGUAACAAUAAAAUCAAUGUUCGUAAACAACAGGGAUAUGGAGGAGAGGAGGCAAUAAUGAGUGAAAUGAAAGCUCGUGGUGUGGUUGCAGACAAGCGUCUUCUUUCUCAAGAGGAUGUUUAUCAUGGAGCAUUAGAGGAUAUCCUAAUUGGGCUGAAAAAUGAGCCCUACAGACGUGCUGAUGCUGUUCGCAGAAGUCAGCGCAAAAGGAAUGAAAAUGUUAGGCUGUCUCGCACCCUUGACGAAAUGGAGUUUUAAAUGAUAUACAGAACUGUUUUGUGAUUACACUGCACAAACUUUUCCAUUAAUAAAUUUGACUUUCUCAUAGAAAUAUAACUGCAGUGACUGGCAAUAUCCAUUUUACAAAAAAACGCACAUUAAGCUACUUUCUUUGUGGCACUUCAGUAUGACUAGUAAUGAAAUGGGGGAUUUAAUAUCUUGAUAUGGAUAUUGGCUGUCACUGUAUGAUGUGUGGGUUAUUCCAUAAGAACCCUGAACCAAAUACCUGUAUAUAAAAACCUAAAUUAAAAGAAGACUGUAGCACUGCUAAUCCAGUUUUACUAGUUUUGUAUAAUUUUUAUAAGGGCUUUCAAGCUUUCCACUUAUUUUCAGAUCUUAGAACUUGAAACCUUAGAAAUGAGAAGUCUAGUGUUAUAUAUGUAUGGAUGGUUACUUCUCAUUAGACAUUAUCUAGCAUUCCAUCUUCAUAAACUGAUUUAUAAUGCAAAUUAUAUUUCAUGCUUUAUAUAUAUUAUACAAUGAUUAAAAAAAAUUGCAUUUAUAGAUGGUUCACUUGUUUAACAAUAUGCUGUGUGCAUUCUGAAUCUGCUACUGUACUGUCUUCUUCACAUUAUUUAGUAUCAGUUUCAAUGGUUACUGAAAUAAAAAACUAUUGUAGUACCUAUAAAUGUAACUUUUUAAUCGUCUUGUAUACGAUUUUGUACAUAGGAAGAAAUAUUCAUAGGGAGUGUAUAUUAUUAUUACUAUUAUAAAUGAAGAGAGAGAGAGAGAGAGAGAGAGAGCUGUGUGGGGUCAUUUACUUGCAGAAAAGCACAAAGCAAAAACAAAACCUGUAAUAUUGAUUUUUUUAAAUACUUUUUAUCAAAAUAUGGCAUCAAUUAUAAUUUGAAAAUUCAUGUCCAUGAAAGAUGGCCAGUAGAUCUGAUUCAAGAAUUAAAUUGCAUCCUUAAAAAAAAUCUUGUGUGCUUUAUUAUGAAAUCUUGUGUUCAUACUGCUGUUAUAAGUAAAGGAAAAAUCAGUAUUUUGAUAGUAUAUUUUUAAAUGUAAAGGACUUUCAUUCUAAGAAACAAGCAUUUAAAGUUGACUUGUCAGCAAUUUUGAAAGUCCAUAUACAUUUCACUUGGUAAGUGCAGCUGAGGUUGAAAACACUUACCAAGUGCUUCACUUUGUUUCUUCAAAGUAAUGAAAAAUUGUUUGUUAGAUCUGAUGGCUAUAUUUGUAAUAUUAUAUUUAUUCUAGUGUUCCAUGAUGCAGUAGUCUGAUUUUUAUAUGAAUGAGUGCAUAGGCUAUGGAGGAUAUACUAGGCACUUGUAAGAGAAUUGUAUGUACCGUAAUAACCAAAUAUAGUAUAUGGCCUUGACACACAUCAUUCAGCUAAUUUGUUAAAGUGCUAAAAUAUAAGAUGUUUGCAAUAAAAUAUAUCUAUUAAGUACCACCUUAAAUAAUUUUUUUAUUAGGAUAUAAUUUCAAGAAUUUUUUACAGUUCAUGAAUAUCAUCAGUCUACCAAAAGCUGCAAAAUUAUACAUUUUUCUUCUUCCAGUGAUGCUUAUAAAUUUUUAUUUUUAUUUAAAAAUUUAAAUAAAGCUCUUCACUAUUGGUUUUUGGCUUGUGUAUUUUGCUAUAAAACUUAUAUUUGUAGAAUACAGGAGGGCCCCGUUUGUACAACUCUUGGCUUCCCAACCCAGUGUGGUAAGUGAAACUUGCCAGCAGGUGGAAAAGAGCAGUUUUUGCAUUAUCAAAUGCAUCUAAAAUGCAACGUGUUUACGCCAUCAUUAAUUAAAUUCUCAGUACAGCUAUGCAUAACAAAAUAUAAAAAAAAGUAAAAUAAAUACACAGUACAUACAAAACUUACCUUAAAAUAUGGUGCCAGUCGCCCUUCCCUUACACAACUGUUAUGUGAAAAAUGGUAAAAGCACCGAACACAAUGAAGAAUGACUCAGUUGAAAGCUAACAAAAAAGAGGGUGUCAAAUACAUGGGACCCUCCUGUACCUUAAUAUGAAGGUCUGUCUUACAAGGUAAUUUUACUAACCGAGAUUCAUUUGAAUAACAAAUUACAAGAAAAUGUAAUUUUUAUGCAGAUUUGUAAUGGUAAUUACUUAUUUGAGUUUGUUAUGGGAGAGGUAAGCUCUAGCACUUGCACUCCCCUCUUUUGUGACUGGCAUGAUUGAGAGCCCUAUUAUAUCUCUAUCUGAACUCCUGUGCUACCUCUGUCUCCUACUUUGUUCUUUCAUGCUGUGCAUAUGUAAGUGGAUGAAAUAAAAUGUAUGUCACCAUGGAAUGUGUUAAUUGGUAAAUUUUGUCAUAAAUUCCUGUUUAGGAUUCUUACUGAACUGUUAAUUUUUUUGUCUAUUUAUGUAUGGAAUGAAUUAUAAACUUGACUCAGUGUGAUAAAUACAUUGGUGAUGUUUUGGUAAAGGUGUGUCUGUAUUUUUAUACUAAUUUUUGUUCAUUGAUUUUCCAUAUUGCUGGGCAUUACUGUUACAGUGCGUAGGCCUAAUGAUAUGCUUACUUAAAAAAUAACAGUAGUUAACAAUAUUUUGAAUCACCUACUCUGCUAACUAUCUGAAACAAGUUUGCACAAUACCUGAGAGCAGGAAAUAUAUAUAUAGAUUUUCCAAAUAUCCUAUAGCUUUACAUGAUAUAAAUUUACUUUUAUCUGUCCAGUCACUUUGCUUUUUGAUAUUUGCCCAUUGCAUUAGAUUCAUAAUAUAAUAACUGAAAGUGUCUGUGUGAAAAUGUACACAAUUAGUGAAAAGGAAAUGUAUAAUUACAAAUGUUGCUCUGUAUAAUCAGUUAUACAAAAUAGGUAAUGAUUCAGUUUCUUACUUUAUGCUAAAGUGGAUUUUGCAGUUCAUCUUCUAAAUGUGAUGUAUGUGGCAAUCACUUUUGUUAUGGUCUAGUCUGGAUUGUAAAAAUAUUUUAAUUCGUAUAUUCAGUCAGGUGUUGUAGAUGAUUCCUAAGCUUCCUAAUAAGGCCUUAUAUUUUAAGAAAGUGUAAAUAAUUGUACAUAUAUUUGUAAAUGAGGAGUCCAAGAGAUUCUUAGAAAUACUCUGUAAAUAUUUUUCAUAAACUUUGCAAACUUUAUAGUGUUUUAUACAUUUUGAAAAAUUUAUAUUAUGAUAGGACAGUACUGCAUACUAUGAUAAUUUUCUAUCUGAUAAUAAAUGUAGUGUAUGACAUGCAGUACAGUGACUUUAUAUAUGAGAAUGUAGUGUAUGGCAUAUAGUACAGUGAAUGUUCUCUUUCACAAGACUAAUAGUUCUGACCACUCAAGUUGGAUGCUUGUGAAAGAUACACACAAAAUUUAAAGAAUUAGAGCAGUGACUGGCACACAUUUUAUGGAUUUAUUUCCUGUUAAAUACAUCAAUAAAUGGAAGAUGUAUAA